GUUCUGCCCCAUGCAGCGGAAUUAGACUCGUCUGUGACCUCGAGAGGCUGUUGCAAUCAAUUCGCAAAUAGUUUCCAGUAGUACUUACGUUGUCCAUCAUGCCAGUCCAUGCAUCACCAAACUUCUCGGCGCUGCCCAGUAAGUUCUCAUGAUAGUAUCUUCUUCCUCGAAUAAGUAUCAUUGGACUCCAGAGCAGACCCAACGUCAAACCCACUGGCUUGUCUAAGUAUCGCUCACUUAUUGAAUCAUGUCACUCAGAUGUUCUAACCCCAGAGAAGGGUAUCAAGUUCUCCACCAGGACGCUCGUUUUAGCGAUGAAGAUCUCAAGGAUUUACCACGGAGAACAAACCACAACCAGACGUUGUCCGUCUGGUUCCUUGCGAUCACAAUUGUGUGCACUGUCUUGGAUUUUUCCAUGAUUGUCUGGGACCGGUUUCUCCGAAUCGGCCCUUGCUCUGCUCCAGCCUCAAACGAGCAGCUUGAGCUACUACCGUUCCAGAACCCAUACCUCAACCUCGAGGUCCUCUACAACGAUCCUAAUUUCCAGAGCUCUACCCACGAUCCAAUUAUCAAUAAUGUACUAGUAAUCGCUCAAGUUUCCAAUAUGGAGCCUCAGAAAAUCCUCCCUCCGUUUCAGCGCUACAAGUCGGUGGAAAAAAGCACAGCUCCCAUUUACGAGCGACGGCUAAUAGUGACACAUGAGCUCGAAAGCAUCGCACAGUUUCGUGUGCUUGAUUUUGGCAUGGAGAAUUGCAGCCUUUCACUCACCAUCCCUCCAAGAAACAGAACGGGAGAUUUGCUCUCCACGGAUCUUGACGAUUCUGUGAUUCUCGACAUCUGGUCUCUACCAGCUAAACAUAAGUUGGACCUAUACAACCUAUCAUGGGCGAAACUUCCUCAACCGAGGGUACAUAUUGGUCACAUGAAUGCGUCAUAUGGGACCACAUAUCGUAUGCCAAGCUUCAAGUGCAAGUCGCAGUCAUACCAGACGUUUGCAGUGUCCUGCUCUAGUCCUGGUUGCCUUGUGAAUGUCACAGGCAAAGAUAUGGCGCCUUCAGGACUAUACAUGUAUCAAAGUCAAACAAUUUAACUAGGCGUGCAGCCGAGUUGUGCCGUUGAUUUUAUUUAUGCAAUUGUGGUUUGAGAGUACUCUCACUCGGGAAAAGUAGGCUGCGGGAUGCGAACCCACUGCUGUGUUUGUGUACUAUCUACGUGUGACCCAUCAAAGCAUUGAUCAUGC